AUGGCAGCAACACCUCUCCCUCGGAAGCUCUGGGAGCAUCCAGACCCGGAAUCAACACAGAUGGGCCAGUUCCGACGAGAACUGGAGCGAUCCACUGGAAGGAAAUUCGACUCCUUCCACGGCAUGUACCUCUACUCCAUCCAGAAUCGCGCCGCAUUCUGGGCGUUCUGUUGGGAAUUCUUCCCCAUCAUCCACGAGGGCACGUACACCCACGUGGUGGACGAGACCGCCCGCAUGGACAGCAUUCCAUCCUGGUUUACAGGUAUCAAGCUUAAUUUCGCCGAGAACCUGCUUUUCACCGGUCGUGCAGGCGACACGACCGGUAAGGAAGAUCAGAAGAUUGCCGUUACCGAAGUCCGCGAGGGCGAUGCCAGAAACGCGGUUCAUCUCACCUGGGCGCAAUUACGGCAACGCACUGGUGCGCUGGCGCAAGCGAUGAAAGCGAAUGGUGUGGCGAGGGGUGAUCGCGUUGCGGCUUGCUCGGCGAAUAGCAUCGAUACACUGGUUGUGUUGCUAGCGACGACGGCGCUGGGUGCGAUUUUCUCGUCUAGUUCGACGGAUAUGGGGGCGAAGGGGGUGUUGGAUCGGGUAUUGCAGAUUAAGCCGCGGUGGUUGUUUAUGGAUGAUUUGGCUGUGUAUAAUGGGAAGACGAUUGAUCUGCGUGGUAAGAUGAAGGAGAUCGCUCGCGGGAUGGAGUCGGUGGUUGAGUUUCAGGGGAUUGUCUCGUUGCCGCGAUUCUCUGCAGAGCCAGCGGAUAUCAGCAGUAUCCCUCGAGGCUUGACGUUGUCGAGUUUCCUCGCCAAGGCAGGUGGUAACGAUCACCUGGAGUUUGAGCGCGUUGCUUUCCGCGACUCGGCUUUUGUGGUGUACUCGUCUGGCACGACCGGUCAGCCCAAGUGCAUUGUGCAUUCAGUGGGAGGAGUACUCUUGAACGGCUUCAAGGAGGGUUGUUUGCACUCUGAAUUUACUCGGCAGAGUGUUAACUUGCAAUAUACCACGACCGGAUGGAUCAUGUAUCUGUCUGCCGUUCAGACGCUGGCCUUGGGCUCUCGAGUGGUGCUCUACGAUGGCAGUCCCUUUAUCCCCGAAGUGGCGUCACUUGUGAAGCUUGCCGCUCAAGAAAGGGUCACCCAUCUGGGUAUUUCUCCGCGAUGGCUACAGGAAUUGCAACGAGCGAACGUCCGACCUCGCGAGAUAGUCGAUCUUAGUGCUCUGCAGGUUGUCACUAGUACCGGCAUGGUUCUACGAGAUGCAUUAUUUGAAUGGUUCUACGACCAAGGUUUCCCAGCUCACACUCGUCUCAACAACAUCUCUGGCGGCACUGAUAUUGCUGGCUGCUUUGGCACUAGCAACCCGCUGACUCCCGUGUAUGUGGGUGGAUGUGCGGGAUGCAGUCUGGGCGUGCCAGUGGAAGUCUACGAUUCCACGAUCGAAGGAGGCGAGGGUAUUCAGGGUGUUGCGAUCGAGGAGGGCGUCCCCGGUGAACUGGUGGCGACAUCAGCCUUCCCCAACAUGCCCACGAUGUUCUGGGGCGAUACCGACGGCAAGAAGUACUUUAAUGCGUACUUUGCCCGGUUUGAUAAUGUUUGGACCCACGGUGACUUUGUGGCCAUCCACCCCAUCACCAAGCAGCUCGUUUUUCACGGCCGCGCCGACGGAGUUCUCAACCCCUCGGGUGUGCGGUUCGGCUCAGCAGAGAUCUACCGCGUCAUUGAAGGAAAGUUCACACAGGAGAUUGCCGACUCGAUCUGCGUGGGCCAGCGCCGACCCUCCGACACGGACGAGCGUGUUAUGCUCUUCCUGUUGAUGAAGCCCGGUGUUGCUUUCACAGCCGACCUGGUGACUCGUGUGAAGAGUGCAAUUCGCACUGAGCUUAGUGCCCGCCAUGUGCCGGCCUUUAUCUUUGAGACCCCAGAAAUCCCGACGACGGUCAACCUCAAGAAAGUAGAGCUCCCAGUCAAGCAGAUUGUCUCUGGCAAGCGGAUCCAGCCCUCGGGAACGCUGCUCAACCCGGGCAGCUUGGACUUUUACUACCGGUUUGCCGAGGUGGAGAAACUCGUUCGCGAGAGCAAGCUCUAA